AUGAGAGCGUGGCAGCCUGCCAGAAUCGAAAAUGCAAAAACUCUAAACAGGAGAAUGCAGAAGAAGUACAAUGGCACUCCCACAAACCCGAGGCUUUCGGUAUUUUGUUCAGACAAACAAUUAUAUGUUAUCCUGGUAGAUGACCAGAACAAGAAGUGCUUGUUUUAUGGAAGCACGCUGCAGAAAGCUAUACGGCAGGAUCCCCAUUGUAGUACCGUUGUAGCUGCUAAACGUGUUGGCGAGGAGUUGAUCAAGGCUUGCAAUGAUCUGAACAUAGGGGAAAUGUCGUCUUAUGAUCACAAUGACUUUGCUACCGGGGAAAAGAUUCAAGCAUUUGAGAUUGCAAUUGCAGAGUAUGGGUUCUUGUUGAGAUGA